GACAGACAGAAACCGUGGCCCUACCCUCCUGCACCUGAUAGUGGGUAUUUACAGCACUUUGCAAGGAGCCUCUGCCUGCUGUAGCUUUCCUUCACUGCAUGGAUUCAGCGGAGUAGACAAUGCUGGAGGGACCAAUGUGUGAGCAGUGAUUUGGAAUACCGCACGGAACCUGGGGACCGUUAUUCCAAAGCAAAAGACAUUUUGGGAAAACUCCAAAGUCCUGACUUCAAAAUGCCACGAUCCUUCCUGGUCAAGAAACAUUUCAAUUCAUCGAAGAAGCCAAAUUAUAGUGAACUGGACACACACACAGUGAUUAUUUCCCCAUAUCUCUAUGAAAGCUACCCAGUACCUGUCAUACCACAACCAGAGAUCCUCAGCUCAGUAGCCUACAACCCCAUUACUGUGUGGACUACAAAUGCUCCAUUCCAUUCACCAUUGCCCAGUGACCUCUCUCCUCUUUCUGGAUAUCCUUCCUCCUUGGGGCGUGUUAGCCCCCCUCCCGCUUCAGACACCUCAUCCAAAGACCACAGUGGCUCAGAAAGUCCCAUCAGUGAUGAAGAGGAAAGAAUUCAGUCCAAGCUCUCAGAUCCACAUGCCAUCGAAGCAGAAAAGUUUCAGUGUAGUUUAUGCAACAAAACCUAUUCCACUUUCUCUGGGCUGGCCAAGCAUAAGCAGCUGCAUUGCGAUGCCCAGUCUAGGAAAUCUUUCAGCUGUAAGUACUGUGACAAGGAAUAUGUGAGCCUGGGCCUGAAGAUGCACAUCAGGACCCACACUUUACCUUGUGUCUGUAAGAUCUGUGGCAAAGCAUUCUCAAGACCCUGGUUGCUUCAAGGACACAUUAGAACUCACACUGGGGAGAAGCCUUUUUCAUGCCCUCAUUGCAACAGAGCAUUUGCAGACAGGUCAAAUCUGAGGGCUCACCUCCAGACCCAUUCUGAUGUAAAGAAAUACCAAUGCAAAAACUGCUCCAAAACUUUCUCCAGAAUGUCUCUCCUGCACAAACAUGAGGAAUCAGGCUGCUGUGUAGCACACUGAGUGAUGCAAUCAUUGUUUACUCGAACUGAAAUGCAUUUCUUCACUCCUAUUCCAAAUGAUAAAUACAAGUCCAAAGGCAUUUUCUCUCCUGCUUUCCAACCAAAUUAGAGAUGUAUAUUUUUUUAAGGUUGAAGACCAUAAAAUCCAUAAGGGUUUCAGGUUACUCACUUCCAUGGGAAGUUCAAAAUUGCCAUACACCUACUAACAUUUCAACUAGAACCUAAGGAAGAAGCAAAAUGAGCUUUCUUCAGACAUGAAGCCCAAAGCACAUGAUCUCUUUUCUUGCUAGGAAAAGAGUGCAAAGAUUUACAUUCCUGCCAAAUCAUUUCAAUAGAGAACAAACAAACAGUAUUAUUUGUAAUAAAGAGUUUCUUUGAGCAAGAGAAUCUGCCCGACACCAUCUAUCUCAGGUGCCUUACAAAGUAUUCCAAGUUUACUUUUUUGAAAUUCCCAAUAUUACUUGUUGCUGUUGUUGAAAUAAGGCCUUUGUUGAUUAUCUGCAAUGCUUUACACUCAAAGAAGCAAAAAUACAAAAGAAUGUAUUAAUGUAUUUCAUGUUUUAGCAUAAACAGUAUGUGCCUUAGGGGAAAGAAAAACUAGUGUUGAACAUUCCUGGUGCAUGCUUGACCCAUGUUUUAGUACAAAAUAGGUUUUCAUUUUUCUCUAAAAUUAAAAAAAAAACUAAAAACAAAACGGGAAUAAGUGCAAGAGAGGGGAUUUUUGGAAGUUCAACUAUGUAUUUUUUUCCUUUUAAAAAUGCACAAAGAAAAUGCAAUAUCUACAGCAUUAGCCCCCUCCAAGUGCCUUUUUUUGUUAAUUGUUGGUGAACAUAAUGUAAAUUUUGUUUUUAUUUUUAUAUGACUGAAUGGGAUAUGUAUGAAAGUGAGCUAUUGCCUAUGGUCACAUCUAUAUGCGACUUGAAGACUGUGUGAAGUAAAAUGUUUCUACAAUUUUUUUAGUCACUUUUUUACAAUAAACAUUUUUUGAGAAAAA